CCCUAUGACCUAUGGAGGACGUGGACGGGAACGGCAGCUGGAAGGUGCAAAAACGAGUGGGUUAUUGUUGACUGACUGGCGGUGGUAGCAGCGCCCAAAGAGGUAGCGCCCAGGGCUGCGAAGAGUGGGAGCUGUAGACAGCGGAGCCUGGAGCUCGCGCUCCGGGACCCGCGCCCGGGAGGACAAGACUCCGCACCGCGAGCCACGUUAAUCUGCAGACAGCGGUAGCAGCAGCAGCUACUGCAAGCUCACUGGGCGCUUUGUCUGCAGCACAGCGGCUGGUUGACGGCCAUGGCUCCGAUGGGCAUACGGCUGUCUCCGCUCGGCGUAGCCGUGUUCGCCUUGCUCACCGUCGGGGUGCUCUAUCACUUCUACUCGGGCUUUCUGGCUGGCAAGAUCGCCAUCUUCAGAAAGAUGCCCGGCUCGGAGAGGAUCGACCUGAGAGAGAUGCUGGCAUUGUCGGUGGAAGCCGCCGUCCGAGGAGGGGAAGAAGUGAAGCGGGUGAUGGAAGAGGACGAGCUCCACGGCAAAGUCAAAGGGAAGACUAAGGAAGGGGACGAUGAGAUCCUCACCAACGGAGACCUGAAGUCACAUCAAAAGAUGUAUCAUUUAAUUAAAAACACAUUUCCAUCCAUACAGGUGUACUCUGAAGAACAUGAUGCCGGUAACGUAGCAGAAAUUGUUCCAUGGGAUCAUGUAAUUCCAAAGGAAAUCCUGGACAAAAUAACCACAACUGAAGAAGCCUUUUCUGACAGCAUUACAGUAUGGAUUGAUCCCCUAGAUGCCACCCAGGAAUAUUCAGAAAAACUUUUGCAAUACGUCACCACAAUGGUGUGUGUAGCCGUGAAUGGGAAACCAAUUAUUGGAGUAAUACAUAAGCCAUUUGCUGAUUUUACAGCAUGGGCAAUGGUACAUGGAGGAUCAAACGUGAGCCUGCGCAAAUCGUACAAUGAGAAUAAUCCCAAAGUUAUAAUUUCCCGAUCACAUACAGGCACUGGUAAAGCAUUUGCUCAGAAAGCAUUUGGCAAUGACACUGACAUUAGAGAAGCUGGAGGGGCAGGUUAUAAAGUCCUGUCCCUGCUGAAUAUUGCUGAUGAAAAACAACCAGACCAUGCUGACGUGUAUCUGCAUGUAACCAAUAUCAAGAAGUGGGACAUCUGUGCUGGCAAUGCUGUUUUGGAAGCACUUGGUGGUCAAAUGACCACUCUCCAAGGAAACACGAUUGACUAUACCGAUAGUGAGUUGAAUGAAGGUGGAAUUUUGGCCAGCAUUGGUGUCUCUCACAAAAUAUUGCUUGACAAAAUGCCAGAUUUGAAAUCUGUUAAAACACAGUAGAACUUUCCAACCAGUUAUUGGAGAGUAAAAGCAAAAAAGAAUUUGCUCAUAAUUGGUCUGAUUUAAUCUUUAUCAUCACGCGCUUGGAAUCAUUGAGCAGAUUUAUAUGUGUGAAGAUGACAAUAUAGAUGUGGGUGGCAUUGCAGAGCAAGAAAUGGGUUACAGUAGGACCAAUCCUGAUUUUAAAAUUGCAAAUUUGGGCAGGUGAGCAGUUUUGCUGGAUUUGUAUAAACAGUAGCAAAAUUUAAUGUAUUCAUGUGAAUGUUUAUAUGUUUAAGUUAAUAAGUUAUGGGUGUAGAAUUAUGAAACUUGUAAUUCUAGUUCUAUUAUAUUCAAUCUAUAGUUUAAUCUACUAUUAAAGAGCUAGAUUUUUAUUUUUCCUAA